AGAAAAUCGCGUCCCCGAAUGCCACUUUCAGCAUUCGGUUGGAAACCGGCAACCUUUCCAGCCUGGAGUUUAACGCCAGCCCAUCUUUUGAGCACUUUCCCUGGAUUCCCCAAAGCCCCAGCCAAGGCCUGCGGGAAGACGCCGCCUCAAUCGUCCCCAUCCAUUCCCUAACAACUGACUGCUUGAAGUUGCAAAUGUACAUAGAGAAAUAAUGGAGGAAACAGGAGAGACAGCCAAAGCUAAAACUCUCGCGGUUUUUGAGAAUGUGGUGACAAAGGAGCGGAAGAAGCGCAAGUUUAAAACCCACCGCUUUUCCGACGACGAUUCCUCGCCUUCUGAGUCCGAGCUGGUGAUUGACGACGGCCGCAGAGGGGAAGCCAAAAGACGAUGCUCCACAUUUCGGAUCCGGCUGAAGCAGGAGACGCUCCACCUGAGGUGCUGCUGGGGGGAUUGCACGGACGGAUUUGAGAGCUUAAUGGACCUAACGAAGCACUUUGAGAUCCACACCAAUUCUUCAGCAGAUUUGCGCUGUAAAUGGACGGACUGUCCCAACCCCGACAACAUUCCAUCGCGCGAGUUCCUGCUGCGUCACUUGUCCGUCCACGGCUACUUGGGAAAGCUGGUGAAUGUCGGGGAAAAUGUGCUCCGAAGAAACAACUUCCCGGAAUGUUCCUUGAAACGCAGCUACACUAUCGAGAUGCCUCUGGCCGGGUAUGAGUGCGAAUGGGAGGGCUGCAGCGGGAUCAUCUACAACACAGUCUGCGAUUUUCUCAGCCAUGUUGAGUGUCACGUGAAUGGGGCGCCGUCUGGCAAAGUCAAAGGCAAGCCAGAAAACAUCCCUUGCGAAUGGAACGUGUGCAACGGCAGUUUUUCCACCCGGUACAAGCUGGGGGAGCAUCUACGAACGCACACGAAAGAGCGAAUGCUCGCCUGUCCCACCUGCAUGGCGCAGUUCUCCAGCAAAACAACCUUUUCCGACCACAGAAAACGUCAGCUGAAGACACACAUGCGAAGCUACCAGUGUUCGCAAUGCUUGAAGCUGUUUUCCAUUGAGCGGCUACUGAGCGAUCACAUGCGGUCGCACAUCAACCAGUACAAGUGCGCGCUAUGCGACAUGACCAGCCCAAACCCUUCGACUUUAUCCAAACAUUACCGAUACAGGCACAUGAAUAUUCGGCCGUUUACCUGCGGCGUUUGCUCCAAAACGUUUGUGACCAAAUGCAACCUGGACAUUCACCUGCGGACCCACCAAGAAAAGGCGUUCCAGUGCGACCAGUGCGAGUUCGGUUGCAAGAGCAAAGUAGGACUGAAGAGCCACAUGGUGAAAGUGCAUGGUCUGGAAUCCUUAGUGUACGAGUGCCAGCUGUGCAAGCGGCAGUUCAAGCGAGGCUCCUACUUAACCUGCCAUCUAAUCAACCUGCACGAGUUCCAUUGGCCGUCGGGACACUGCCGAUUCAGGUACCGCAAGGACUCGGAUGGCGUCCAUCGGCUUCAAACCGUGCGCUAUGAAAGCCUGGAAGUGACCGAACAGAUGAUCGAGAGCGAGUCCAGGCAGUCGAAGAAGAGCCGCAGCGCUGCCACCUACAACAUUGUAUACGACAACGAUGCUCCGGGUGACCACAAGUUUAUCGUUAUGGAGGAGCAUGGCGUUGAGCCGCGCUCGGCGCUGGUGAGCGACGAAGAUGAACCGGCUUCAGAGCAAACCCGCUCCAUAAUAAUCACCAUUGAGGACGUGGAUGAGAGCGGCAACGUGGUGCGAUCUACGGAAGUGGAUUCGGAAGAACUGUUUGUAUCAUUCCAAAAUGAAGUUGCCGAAGCCAUCAAGCCCAUCGGCUGCAAGGACAUGCCAGCGGUUGAGCUGAAGUGAAACGGAUCAUGCCAGCUUUUCCCUUGAAUGCUCUGUGUUUUUUUUAAUAAACUUUACUCCAACCCA